AUGGUUCGGAUAAGCGAAGCGAUCAAAGAUGAUCACCGGAAACUGGAAUCUUGUUACAACAUCAUCGUCAACUCCGAAGAUGAAGAUGAACAGACCCGAUUUCAAAACCAAUUUACCUGGGAACUUGCACGACACGCUGUUGCUGAGGAGCUAGUGGUGUUCCCUGCAUUGGAGAAGCUUCGCCCCGAAGGCAAGGCGAAGACAGAUGACGAUCGGCGUGAACAUUCAGCGCUCAAAGAAAUGCUCGACGUUUUCCAGGACCUAAACUGUUCCGAUCCACGCUUCAUCCCUACAAUUACGGUGCUGAUGGAAGGUCUUGCCAAGCAUAUGCAAGACGAAGAGGCAAAUGACCUGGUCAUAUUGGAGGAAUCCCUCACUUCCGAUGAGAGCGAGAAGAUGGCCGAGUCUCUCAACCGCACUAAGAUCUUCGUGCCCUCUCGCUCACAUCCAUAUGGCAUGGACAAACCACGCUAUGAGACUGCAGCCAGCCUACUCACAGCUCCCCUGGAUCAUCUUCAGGACCUGUUUAGAAGGUGGCCAGAGGAGGAAAGUAUUCUAACGUCGCCAAUGGAGUAG